UGGAUCGUUACAUCACUCGAUAAGGCCACGCCCACGUGGGUGGUGACACAACAGAGGGAAAGUGGUAGGAGGGGGAGGGGCGUUCCGUCGGCAGGAACAUAGACAGCAGGCAGCAGCUGCAGCGAGAGGAUCCGCGAUCUCCACUCUGCCUUCAAACAUUCAUAUUACCACGUCCAGCUCCCAAUAAACACACACACACACACACACACGCAGGACAGCAACGCACAAACAUACACUUACACGACUUCUAAAAUGGUGGACCGCGAGCAACUGGUGCAGAAAGCCCGGCUGGCCGAGCAGGCAGAGCGGUACGAGGACAUGGCAAAUGCCAUGAAAUCGGUCACAGGGCUGAACGAACACUAUCCAAUGAGGAGAGGAACCUGCCUGUCCGUGGCCUACAAGAACGUGGUCGGGGGCGAGGCGCUCAUCCUGCGUGUCAUCUCUAGCAUUGAGCAGAAGACGACGUCCGAUGGCAAUGAGAAGAAGAUCGAGAUGGUGCGGGGCUACCGGGAAAAGAUUGAGAAGGAGCUGGAGGGCGUGUGCCAGGACGUGCUCAACCUGCUCGACAACUUCCUGAUUAAAAAUUGCGACGAAACGCAGCACGAGAGCAAGGUGUUCUACCUGAAGAUGAAGGGCGACUACUACCGCUAUCUGGCCGAGGUGGCCACAGGGGAGAAGAGAGCCGGGGUGGUGGAGUCCUCCGAGAAGUCCUACAGCGAGGCCCACGAGAUCAGCAAGGAGCACAUGCAGCCCACCCACCCCAUCCGCCUGGGCCUGGCUCUCAAUUACUCAGUCUUCUACUACGAGAUCCAGAAUGCCCCCGAGCAGGCGUGCCACCUGGCCAAAACCGCCUUUGAUGAUGCCAUCGCAGAGCUGGACACCCUCAACGAGGACUCCUACAAAGACUCCACUCUCAUCAUGCAGCUGCUACGAGACAACUUGACGCUGUGGACGAGCGACCAGCAGGAUGACGAGGGAGGAGAGGGCAACAAUUAAAGAGUCCAAAACCUCAUUCUGCCAAAACACAACACGCGCGCUCACAAAUGAUGACAAAAUCAAAAUAGUUCAAAACGAGUUCCUAGAAAUUGAAAAAUAAAAAAUGGGAGGGUGGGAUUGGGUGGUGGAACAUCAGUGGCCAAUUUAGCUGAUGGUACUAACAUGGCUGCUGUUCUUUAUUUUUCCAGUUAAAAGUGAAAAAAAGAAUUAGGAGGGAAGACAAUUUUUGUUUGACAAAUAACCUACAAUUAAAAAAAAAAAGAAAAGAAAAAAAAAA